AUGCCUAAAAACUUCACGCUCCCAAUGACAUUGACACCGUACAAGGGAAUCGGAGAUCCUAAGGUUCACGUUACUAAAUUUGAAUCCAUGAUGUUUCUUAACAGUGAUUCCAAUCCUAUCUUGUGCCAAUCUUUUCCUACUUUUUUAGAUGAAGCUGCUUUACUGUUGUUUUCUAAUUUACCUGCAAGUUCAAUCUCGAGCUUUAAUGAAUUCGCCAAGUUAUUCAUAAACUACUUUGUAGCGUCCAAGAUUUACGUACGAGAUUCAGACUACCUCAGUACAAUCAAGCAGGGGCAACAUAAGAGCCUAAAAGACUACAUGAUAUGUUUCACAACGGCAGCGAUAGAAAUUCCAGACCUCAAUCCAGAAGUACACCUGCAUGCAUUAAAAAUUGGCCUCCGACCUAGAAAAUUCCAGGAAGCAAUAGCAGUGGCAAAGCCGAAGACAUUGGAAGAAUUCAGGGAUAAAGCAAUUGGACAAAUCGAAGUCGAAGAACUAAGGAAAGCCCGAAGAAUGGAAAGACCACCAUCUCAAAAAGAGGAAGAAAGGCCGCACAGAUCUCAAAACAAGGACCUAAAGAAACCUUUCAAAUUGACACCAAAAUUCGAUUCGUAUACUAAGUUCAACACCAAGAGAGAGAAUAUAAUUAAAGAAAUCCUACACAACAAACUUAUAAAGCCGCCCAGCAAAGCAGGAACAUAUCAAGAUCAGAAGUAUGUAGACAGAAAUAAAUACUGUGUAUUCCACCAAAAGUAUGGCCAUACCACCGAUGAAUGCAUAGUAGCCAAAGACCUAUUGGAGAGGUUAGCCAGACACGGUUUACUGGACAAAUAUGUCACUUUCAGAAAUCAAAAGGAAGAAGCCAAGGACAUUGACAAAUUGAGCCAUGGUUCAGAUCAUAAAGACAAAGGAACUUGGCAUGGAGCGGUCGCAACUCCUUCUUCGAAAGGAGAAAUAAAUUACAUUUUAUGA